AUGGCAACUGGACCUAUGACAAAGGUAUCAACAACAGCGGCUGCAGCAGCAGCAGCAACCACUUCACCAACUGUGUCACAGACAAUGACAGCAACAGUAUCAUUAUCAUCGUCAUCCUCCUCAUCGACAUUUUCGAAUUUUAACAAACACAACUAUUGUGAUGGCAAUCAAAAUAAUGAUAUGAUGAAGUCGGUUCAACAACAUCCAGAUUCCCCAACAAAAUUACGUGAGGAAAACGAACGACUAAAUGCCGAACUCCACAGACUGCGAAAGCUACUCGAAACCUCUCCCGAGGGUGCUGUCGGCGGUAUUGAUCUCUCCGAUUCGAAUAGUUGUGGCGAUGGACAAUCAACAGAUGGCAGUAGUUCAAAUACCCAACAACGUAUCGAUCGUUUGGAACAAGAAUUACGAUCGGCUAAAAAUCAAUUAAUGAAUUUACGCAUCGAAAGGAAAAAACUGCGAAGUGAUAAAAAUGAACUAGUCGGUCAGGUGAAGCAGUUAUGUGCCUCAUUACAAGAAAAAGAACAAGAACUGAGAGAUUUCAUACGUAACUAUCAAGAGCGGGUACGAGAAUCCGAAUCGAAUAAUGCCAAGCUGUCGGGUGAUCGUGAACGUGAACGUUGGCAGCUAUUGAAACAGGCCAGAGAUGAGGCAGAAAGAUCGUUGUCCUUGGCCCAGCAGUUGAGUGCCCGAGAUAUGCAGUUGCAGAAGUUGCAGGAACAACUGCAAAGGCAAAUGGCUGGCCAAGGUUGUAUGUCCGAUCAGGAGAGUUUGUUGUCAUUUGCCCCACUCACCCCACCCUCAGCAACAUCGGGCCUAAUGAAUGCACAAAUGAAUAGUGGUGCCGGUAGUAGUGGAGGUCCGGGUAGUGGUGGUUCCAAUAUGGCCACAUAUCGUAACGAUGACAGUGGGCGUGGUAAUUCAAAUUCCCUAUCCGCGUUCAGUAAUAGUUCGGGUAAUACUGCGGGUGAUCGUAAUUCCUGUUCAAAUGAUUCCGCCUUGCGUAAUAACAGUGAUCGUGAAAGUACCGGUGGUGAUAUGAAUUUCAGCGAUGGUGUGUCGGAUAAUGGACCAUGCAUUACCGUCGAUCCGGAUAGUAUAUCGCUAGUGUCUAGUCAAAAUAUGUAUCAAUAUGGUACACCCAAAGAAAGAAGUCCAACUUUAUCUCCCCUGAAUUCGGCAGCAUAUUCCAGAUCGGUGGAACAAUUAGGAUCACCAGUUGAUUCCGAGGGACCAGGAGCGGUGGCUCGUAAAUAUCCUCCCAAAACUUCGGGUACAACAUUGGGUGCCCGCAAUGGUCGUGGUGGCACUUGGGGUAGUAUAUCAAGGGUCUUCGCCAGAUCAAGGAAUAAAAACAAGGCUUUAUCCUCAGAUGGGGCCAAUGAAUUUAAUGAUUACGCUUGGAGUCCCCUCUCCGAAGAGGGUUAUGCAGAAAAGCUACGCCUAUUGCGUGAAGCCUCCCAACUACCCAUGGAAAGAUGGCGUGCCUCUCAGGUCCUAGCAUGGUUGGAGGUUGCACUUGGUAUGCCUCAAUACAGUUCACGUUGUGCUGAAAAUGUUAAAAGCGGUAAGGUACUAUUGGAACUUAACGAUAUGGAGUUAGAAGCUGGCUUAGGUUUGGCCCACCCAAUGCAUCGUAAAAAACUACGACUGGCCAUUGAAGAACAACGUCGCCCUGAAAUGGUACGCUAUCCAAUGAUAACCCAAUUGGGUCAUACAUGGGUUGCCUCCGAAUGGCUACCCGAUAUUGGUUUACCCCAGUAUGCUGAAUCGUUCCUGCAUUCCCUGGUUGAUGCCCGCAUGUUGGAUACCCUAUCGAAAAAGGAGUUGGAAAAGUUUUUGGGUGUAACAAGGAAAUUUCAUCAGGCCAGUAUUGUGCAUGGUAUUCAUGUCUUGCGCAUUGUAAAAUAUGAUCGUCAAAAUUUGGCCAUGCGCCGAGUCCAAUCGGAAAAUGUGGAUACCGAUCCAAUAGUAUGGACCAAUCAACGUUUCAUACGUUGGGCACGCUCCAUUGAUUUGGGCGAAUAUGCCGAUAAUCUUAAAGAUAGCGGCGUACAUGGGGGCUUAGUUGUAUUGGAACCAUCGUUUUCGGGCGAUACAAUGGCCACAGCAUUGGGUAUUCCGCCCUCAAAGAAUAUCAUACGACGACAUUUAUCAACGGAAUUUGAUGCAUUAAUUUUACCCGCCAGGUAA